AUGUGUCCGAUAUGGCCGUUGCAUCUAAUAAUACUCUACAUAUUGGCUAUAUGCCCCAUGUGGGUCAUAUGCCAGGCUGCGCCGAAACUGCUAGCUACAUUUCUAACAGAUACCGCGGAAGUCCACAUGAAUCAAUACUAUUAUGUCAAUUUAAACGUUACAGGUUCGGAUCUUCAAGUAGGCGAUCAGUUGUCACUAAGAACUGUCAAUGAACACAUAGCAACAGCAGAAUGGAACUCAACGUCACAGUUCACAAGUGAAGAUGUAAACACGGGUCGUUUUCAAGGCAGAUUUAGGGUAGAUGGACAUUUUCUUGGCAGGACAGAGGUAGUCGUCGAGGGGAGACGUGGCUCUGAAACACUUCUCGUGGAGAAUGGCACUCUACCCGUGACAGUGACGAGGCCUCAGCGGGUUAUAGACACUAUAUUUACUACCAGUGUUGCUGUUUUUAUAUCGUUAAUUUUCAUUAAUUUCGGAUGCGCUAUGCACUGGCCGUCAGUUAAGGGUGUUCUGAAGAGACCUAUCGGGCCACUUAUCGGGGUUUGUGGACAGUUCAUAUUCAUGCCUCUGAUAUCGUUCGGGCUCGGUUUCCUUAUCUUCCCGGACACUCCAGCCAUGAGACUGGGAAUGUUCUUUACCGGAGUGGCCCCAGGGGGCGGAGCCUCCAACAUCUGGACUUUUAUUUUGGGAGGAAACCUCAACCUGUCACUGGCUAUGACCACCAUCUCAACCUUGGCUGCAUUUGGUUUCAUGCCAGCUUGGCUUUUCUCUCUCGGCCAAGUGGUAUUCGCUGACGCAAAUAUCGUAGUGCCAUACACCCGUAUCGCCACAUUUGUAGUUGGUCUAUUAAUACCUUUAGCCAUUGGUGUUGGCAUGCAGAAGGUGACUCCAAGAAUAGCAACCUUCAUGGUCAAAAUUCUUAAGGGAUUCUCGACCACUAUACUGCUUUUCAUCAUAAUCUUCGCGAUAGUCACCAAUUUGUAUAUCUUCGAGUUGUUCACUUGGCAGAUUGUAGUAGCUGGCGUGUGUAUCCCCUGGCUGGGCUACCUGGCGGGCUACGUGGGGGCCCGGCUCCUCCAACAGUCCCAUGAAGACGCCAUCGCAAUCUCAAUGGAGAUUGGCAUCCAGAACACCGGCAUUUCCAUCUUUUUACUGCGAUACGCGCUACCGCAACCCGAGGCUGACCUCACCACUGUGGUACCAGUCGCAGUGGCGAUCAUGACACCGAUCCCAAAUACAAUUGUAUACAUUAUACAAAAGAUCAUGGGCUGCCGGGGAUGUAAGCCUUUAGAAACCGAAAUGCCCACAAAAAAAUGUCAGAAGACGACCUCAAGCAAGUGUCCCCGGCCGCUGAGCCCGGCGUCGUCGCAACCAUUGAUGUUAAAUAAACAGGAGGAGAAUUGGUCAUCAUCUUCGUAAACUAGCCGUAUACAAGAUUUGUUAUAAAACUAACAAACCUCAACAGAAACUACAUGUUUAAACUGGAUCUGUAAUUUUACUUACUUUUUUAUAUUUAUAAAACAUGUGUGAUUUGGAAAUAUCUUUUCAAAAAGUGGUCUAUGGAGCUUCUUUUUUUUAUAUACAAUUCCAUCAUUAGAUAACAAUGACUUUAAAUAUCUACACAAAGAACAAAUUUUGAUAACAUUUACAUCUUUAAAAAUUAAUUUGUGAACGCAUUGCGUAUUUUAUAUAAAUACUUACUUUACAUAUCGUAGCGGAGCCUUCAUAUGUUUUGGCUGAGUAUUGUGUAUGAAUUGAAUAAAGUCAAAUUGACAUUCCUUUUAAGAGACA